AUGACUGAAAAUGAGACUCUUCCAAAUCCAUUUGCUGCUUCACAACAGCAAACAGUCGAAUCAUCAGACUUAGAAGGUCUCGAACGAGAGUCUGUUACUAAUAAUGCGCAUAUUCCAAACUUUCCUUCGUUUUAUCCAGUAGUUUAUGUUGAUCUUAAUGCAGAAAUUCCUCACAACUUUUGGUCUUUCUUCAAAUUAAUGUAUGUAUCAGCCCUUUCAUUUACCGGUGCGUGCAUUUUCCAAAUUUUUGUUCAAUUUUUCGGAUUUGCUAUAAAUUACCAUUGGUUUAAAUGCCCAAUAAAAGAUGUAUUCAUGUCACUCGUUCUUGCAGUGUUUCUCCCUAUUUUGCUUUUCUCAAAUCAAUAUUAUUCAUUUUAUUGUUCAAUACGUGAUGAAAAGCCUAACUUCAGAUUUGGCUUAUUACAGACAUUUGUUAUCGCAGCAUUACUUAUAAUAAUUAUCGGAAUUCCAGGUUCUGGAUGCGUUGGAAUCUGGUGGCUAGAUAUAGCAGCCAAUUACGGUUCAGCAGCAUCUGUGCUCUUCGGAGUUCUUGUUACCAUCUGGCAUAUUAUAAAUUUGAUUUUACAAUUUGUUGUUCUUAUUAUACAUAGAACUCACGACUUCAGUUAUAAUGGAAGGAUAUCAAACCCUGCUGACGUUUGA